CUGUGCAAUUUUUUCAUAUCGAGGAUUAUUAUUGUGAUCAAUUGAUAUAAAGUGACUGUGAAUAUAAUCUAGAAAUGUUACAAUGCUAUUCUAUCCAAUACGUUUCAUAUUUCAGGUCGUUUAAUCGUCAUAAACCAUGGCUGAUGUUGAUGUUGAGGUACCCAACAACCCCGUCCUGAGCGGCGGCGCCAUGGACGUGAACACCGCCCUGCAGGAGGUGCUGAAGACCGCCCUCAUCCACGGAGGCCUCGUCCACGGUCUCCAUGAGGCUGCCAAGGCCCUUGACAAGAGGCAAGCCGUCCUGUGUGUGCUGGCAGAGAACUGCGAUGAGGCUGCCUACAAGAAGCUGGUGCAGGCUCUGUGCAAUGAGCACCAGAUCCCACUCGUCAAGGUGGACAAUAACAAGAAGCUCGGAGAGUGGGCGGGUCUGUGCAAGAUCGACAAGGACGGCAAGGCCAGGAAGAUCGUCGGCUGCUCGUGCGUCGUCAUCAAGGACUUUGGUGAGGAGACGCCAGCGCUCGACGUACUCAAGGACUACCUCAAGUCUUCGAGCUAAUCCCUAGGUCUAAGUUCAAAUAAAAACCAAAAAAACCGA